CCAUUGUCUCCGCCGAAGAUAAUAGAGCGGACCCGGGAAGACUGCAACUUCCGUCAGGCUCUGCGCCACCGGGAGGGAAUCUCUAUGUCACAGGCGGGCGAGGUGCCCAAGGUGGUAGAAUGAGGCGGCAGGGAGAGGCCAGGUGGCCUGCCAUCUUUACGGUAGUCUCCUUAUUCUCGUGGUUCCGCCAGUCUUAAGGCACGCGAGAAGGCCCGAAGACUACUGUUCCCAUCGCACCUCAUCAGACCGACUCCUAGUCAGGUGUACGCCCCUCUCCCGCCAUCUUGCUUGUAGUCCUCGCUCCUUUUCACCUUUCCAUUGUUCCUGACGAGUAGAAAUGGCAGCGGGAAGGCAGCAGAUGGACUGCGACUCCCGUCAGGUACCACACACGCGGAGGGUUGUGGACAGGAGGGCGUGUGAGCGCCCGGGAAAGAGGUCGGGUCGGGGGAGAAGGCCAUCUUGUUUGUAGUCAUCGUUCCCGCUCCUUCUCUAUCCUCGGCUACGGGGAGCCUCGGGGCAACCGGACUAUAACUCCCGGCGUCCUCGGCUCCCGGCUUGGCACGCCCUCCGCCAUCUUGUUUGUAGUCCCCGCGGGCCCCAGCAUCCCCUUGCUCCCACGGUGUCCCCGGGCCGCAGGACUACGACUUCCGUCGUGCCCUGCGCGCGCUCGUCCUGGAAAGUGGAGGUGGUGGGGACAGGAGGGGGCAGGGGGCGGGGUUCCUCUGGGAGAAGGAGGGAGUAAAGAGGAGGAGGAGGAGGGAAGGAGGAGGGAGGGGUGGGGGAAGAGAGGAGGAAGGAGGAAGGAGCUCAGGAGGGAUGAGAGAGGCGGCCAGGGCCCCGGGCCGAAGCAGCGCGGGGCCGGGGGACCAGGGGGGCUGAGGCACCCCAAUUGCCCCCUCCCCCUUUCCCUGCCCCCUUCCAUCCUUUCCUUCCAUCCUCCGCCUUGAGGAAGGGGAUUUAUUCAAAUUUUAUUUAAAUCCCCGUCUCUGGAGGGUCGCGCGCUGGGGGGAGGGGGAGAGGGCGGGGGCGCGCGCAGGCUGGGGGGGCGGGGCCGGAGCAGCUUCCUUCACCCCCCUCCACUCGCCGGGUAGCCCUAGGGCAGGGGGCCGCAGUCCAGGGGCGGGCCCAGGGGAGGGGGGCAGGUUACAGGGACCCCCCCCUCCCCGGGAACCGGCGGUGGGCGGGGCUUGAACCCCGGAAACGGUGGGGGGGGCCCAGGCCUGGCCCUGGACCCCUGGGCGGUGGGGGCCGGGAAGGGGCCAGUUAAAGGGCCGGGGGCGCUGGGAAGAGGCGGGGUGGGGGGAGGGGAGCUGUGACUCGGACCCCGGACUGAGUGGGGCCCGGGCAGAAGCCGAGCACCCUGCGCCCGAGGAGCCCCCGUUGGCCUGGGGGGGCUGAGGGACUGAGCCCCCCAGAGCAGGACCUCCCCCUGGAAGGGCCGCGCCGCAGCCCGUGGGAGGGCCUCGCCCCCGGCGCCCCCCAUCUCCACUCGCCGCCGUCCCGGCCUCCGCCGGAGGGAGGGGCCGAGCGCCCUCGGGGGGCCGUGGACCCCGGCGUUCUGAGCGUUCCGCGCCCCGCGCCGCCCGGCCCCCCCGCCGCCGAUGGCCGCCGACCCGCCGGGAGCUGCCGAGAAGGGAGAGAUGGCUCCCGGGACACGUGUGAGCCCUCGGCGUUGCUGACGCCCCCAAUGUCGUCGAGCAGCCGGGGGCCGGGGGCCGGAGCGCGCCGACGCCGAACCCGCUGCCGCCGCUGCCGGGCCUGUGUGCGAACUGAGUGCGGGGACUGCCACUUCUGCCGAGACAUGAAGAAGUUCGGGGGGCCCGGGCGCAUGAAGCAGUCGUGCCUGCUCCGGCAGUGCACUGCCCCCGUGCUCCCACACACAGCUGUGUGCCUCUUGUGUGGGGAGGCUGGGAAGGAGGACACAGUAGAGGGAGAGGAAGAAAAAUUUGGUUUGAGCCUCAUGGAGUGUACAAUCUGCAAUGAGAUCGUCCACCCCGGCUGCCUGAAGAUGGGGAAGGCUGAGGGUGUCAUCAAUGCGGAGAUCCCUAACUGCUGGGAGUGCCCCCGAUGCACCCAGGAAGGCCGGACCAGCAAGCUUCCAUCUCCCCAGGAUUCAGGUGAGGGACCAGGCCGCCGCAGGGCUGACAACGGCGAGGAGGGCGCCAGCCUGGGGAGUGGAUGGAAGCUGACGGAGGAGCCGCCGCUUCCGCCACCCCCACCCAGGCGCAAGGGCCCCUUACCUGCUGGGCCCCCCCCAGAGGACGUGCCUGGGCCCCCCAAAAGAAAGGAGAGGGAGGCAGGGAAUGAGCCCCCCACCCCAAGGAAAAAGGUGAAAGGAGGCCGAGAGAGGCACCUGAAGAAGGUGGGUGGAGACGCCUGCCUCCUCCGAGGAUCGGACCCAGGCGGCCCCGGCCUUCUGCCCCCCAGGGUUCUGAAUCCGAGCCAGGCUUUCUCGUCCUGCCACCCUGGGCUCCCUCCCGAGAACUGGGAGAAACCAAAGCCGCCUUUGGCCUCUGCCGAGGGCCCGGCCGUGCCAUCCCCGUCGCCGCAGAGGGAGAAGCUCGAGCGCUUCAAGCGGAUGUGCCAGCUGCUGGAGCGGGUGCCCGACACCUCCUCGUCCUCCUCGGACUCGGAUUCCGACUCGGACUCUUCGGGCACAUCGCUGAGUGAGGAUGAGGCCCCUGGCGAGGCCCGGAAUGGGCGCCGGCCAGCCCGGGGCAGCUCGGGCGAGAAGGAGAACCGCGGGGGGCGGCGGGCUGUGCGCCCUGGCAGUGGGGGGCCCCUCCUCAGCUGGCCCCUAGGCCCCGCCCCGCCGCCCCGGCCCCCGCAGCUGGAGAGGCACGUGGUACGGCCCCCACCUCGAAGCCCUGAGCCCGACACGCUGCCUUUGGCCGCUGGAUCCGACCACCCCCUGCCCCGCGCCGCCUGGCUUCGUGUCUUCCAGCACCUCGGGCCCCGAGAGCUGUGCGUUUGCAUGCGAGUCUGCCGGACUUGGAGCCGCUGGUGCUAUGACAAGCGUCUGUGGCCUCGAAUGGAUCUGAGCCGGCGAAAGUCCCUGACUCCACCCAUGCUCAGUGGUGUGGUUCGUCGCCAGCCCCGAGCCCUGGACCUCAGCUGGACAGGUGUCUCCAAGAAGCAGCUCAUGUGGCUUCUGAACCGUCUGCAAGGCCUGCAGGAGCUGGUGCUCUCCGGCUGCUCCUGGCUCUCUGUCUCUGCCCUGGGCUCAGCCCCGCUGCCGGCCCUGCGGCUCCUGGAUCUCCGCUGGGUUGAGGAUGUGAAAGACUCCCAGCUCCGCGAGUUGCUCCUGCCUCCUCCGGACACCAAACCAGGGCAAACGGAGAGCCGUGGGCGGCUGCAGGGGGUAGCAGAGCUGCGCCUGGCCGGCCUGGAGCUGACAGAUGCCUCCCUGCGGCUCCUGCUGCGCCAUGCGCCCCAGCUGAGCGCCCUGGACCUGAGCCACUGCGCCCACGUCGGGGACCCCAGCGUCCACCUCCUCACAGCCCCCACUUCCCCGCUCCGCGAGACCUUGGUGCACCUCAAUCUUGCCGGUUGCCACCGCCUCACGGACCACUGCCUCCCGCUGUUCCGCCGCUGCCCGCGCCUGCGCCGCCUAGACCUGCGCUCCUGCCGCCAGCUCUCCCCUGAAGCUUGUGCCCGGCUGGCAGCCGCUGGGCCCCCUGGCCCCUUCCGCUGCCCAGAGGAGAAGCUGCUUCUCAAGGACAGCUAGUGGGGUGCCCCCCACCCUCCCCCAGGACUCAUCAGGAGCCUGGACCUCGGGCCUUCGUUUUAUCCCUGCCAGGAGGCCAGGUUACCCACCCCAUGACUUGGGAUUCCUGCCCAGGGACUUGAGCCAGCCUCCCUCCCCCUCCCUACCCCCUGCACUGAUAUCUCUGGGGGUCUCUCCUUCCCGUCCACUCUCCCUUCCGCCUGCUUCAUUGUCCAUCCCCUGGGGGGAGUGGGUCAGAGGUACGGGGGUGCUGAGCCAAAGGGAUGGUGGGAGGGGGGUAAGGUGCAAGUUUGAGGGAGGGAAAUGGGGCAAGGGUAUCUGCACACAGGAUCCUGGGAGCCGGGGGGCUGGGGGAGGUGGAGCAGGGCUGGGGGAGGGGGGGGCAGAAAGCAGA